GUUGUAGACGGGUGAUUAGUAGUUGUUGGUUUUUUGGUGACUUUGGUCUUUCGUUUGUUUAUGACGUGGCUGUUUAUGGUUUUGACAUGUGGUUGUGUAUGGUCCUCUCAAGUUCUGGUUUCUGGAUUCAGCACAUGCUUCUCCAAGGUUUUAAAAAUGAACGUUUGUCUGUCCUUGUUUUGGAGUUUGAUUAUGGCUCCCUUAGUUCCUAAGCGUUUCAAGCACACCCCCUCUUAGCUCUAGUUAUGUUGGUUUUAGGACUAGGAGUUUUUCUUCUAGUCUUAUGUUUAAUCAUGUGUUUCUUGUUGUCUCCGGGAUGUUCGAUCUGUGAACUUGCCGAUUUUAGUCUCCGAAAGGGUUGUGAUCCUUGUCGGUUUUGCGUUGUAUGAUUGGUUUUGAAUUGUUAUAAUAAAUUAAUAGAUAAAAGAAAAAAAAAUGGUUUUAUGCCACUCAGUCAUUUGGUCGAACACAACCCCAUAUGCCUCGUUGCGUAUAAACAAAUAUUUUUACAGAAACAACUUGCGGACUUAACAAACCAAAACUUUUUGUUGAAAUCACAUGUUGGAUCUCUAUCCUCACUAUAUUCAUCUAUCGAUCAACUCUUUUUGUAGUGUCUUUCUUUUCACAUGGUCGGAACAAUGGAAGACUUCAUUGAAGAAGAAGAGUUCAGUGUAUCCGUAGAUCCAAGAAGAUCAAGACCGGGGAAGAAGAAGAAGAAAAGAAAACCCGAAUCUCAAGUUGUCUCUAUUCUGAAUCAUUUGUUUGUAAAGUACCCAUGUCUGAAUAAAAGCGUCGUCGAUACUGGUCGGGAAUGUUCGGAUUCAGAUACAUCAUGUAGCUUGAGUUUUGCAAAAGUUGGAAACUUUACUUCAAGAUCUCCUCCUUCGAUCAAAUCUGGUCAUCUUCUCAAAUCAGCAUUAGCAGGAGGAAUCUCAUGCGCUUUCUCUGCCUUUCUAAUGCAUCCUGUCGACACUGUCAAGACACAAGUUCAAGCAUCAACAACACUGUCGUUUAUUGAAAUAAUGUCAAAGAUUCCGGAGAUUGGUGCUCGUGGUUUAUACAAGGGAUCUAUCCCCGCCGUUGUUGGUCAAUUCGCAAGCCAUGGUUUACGUACAAGUAUAUACGAAGCAAGUAGACUCGCUUUACCCCUCGUUGCUCCUGGUCUCCUCGACAUCCAAGUUCAGCCAAUAGCGUCGUUUCUCGGCACGGUUUUGGGGACUACACUGAGGAUACCGUGCGAGGUGCUGAAGCAACGGUUACAAGCCAACCAGUUCGACAACAUCGUGGAAGCUACGCUUUCCACGUGGCGUCAAGAUGGUCUCAAAGGACUCUUUCGCGGCACGGGCGUCACUCUUCUCCGCGAGGUUCCCUUUUACGUCGCUGGUAUGGGACUCUACAGCCAAUCGAAGAAGCUGGUAGAGAGAAGGCUAGGGAGAGUGCUUGAGCCGUGGGAGGCCAUCGCUGUUGGAGCCUUGUCUGGCGGUUUCACGGCUGUUAUGACGACGCCGUUUGAUGUGAUUAAAACUAGGAUGAUGACGGCUCCUCAAGGGGUGGAUUUGUCUAUGUGGAUGGCUGCGUAUUCCAUUGUGACACAUGAGGGCGUUCUUGCUUUCUAUAAAGGAGCUGUUCCGAGGUUUUUCUGGACUGCUCCUCUUGGUGCUUUGAACUUGGCAGGCUACGAGCUUCUUCAAAAGGCUUUCGUGACAGUACCUCUUGAUCGGUCAGUGCAUAGCGAUUGACCUUCGUUUUAGUAUAGCACUACAACACAUUUGUUCACAUGUAUUCAUUCUUGAAAUAAGCUCUUGUCUAUCUUUCUUUUCUUGUGAAUUAUUUCGAAAUCUAAUUUUUCCUUUGC